UAAUUUCAGGAUUUCAGGAUUAAAUUUCACUGGAUGAACUUUGCGAUUUGAUUAAUUCAUCCAGAUGAGUAUUGAGCCAUUCAAUAGGUUGGUGAAACUUGCUGCAAGAGCUUUUUAUGAUGACAUUACGACUAAAGGAGACAAUCAGCCAAAGUCCGGUAGAAGUGACAAUCGAGGAAUUGCAGUGGUGAUACUAGAUGCGCUCACAAGGCGACAAUGGGUGAGGGAAGAAGACUUGGCAAAAGACUUGAAGUUGCACACGAAGCAACUACGCCGCACCUUGCGGUUCUUUGAAGAAGAAAAGCUCAUCACACGGGACCAUAGGAAAGAGGGAGCAAAGGGUGCAAAAGUAUACAAUGCUGCAGUUGCAGCUACUGUUGAUGGCCUGCAUGGGAAAGACGGAGAUGACAAAAUAAAGAUGCAUACUCAUUCCUAUUGCUGUCUGGACUAUGCACAGAUAUAUGAUGUUGUGAGGUACAGACUGCACCGAAUGAAGAAAAAGUUAAGAGAUGAGCUGGAUAACAAAAACACAGUGCAGGAGUAUAUAUGUCCCAACUGUGGGAAAAGAUAUACUGCAUUGGAUGCAUUGCGGUUGGUCUCUCCGGAGGAUGAGUAUUUCCAUUGUGAAAGUUGCAAUGGGGAACUAGUGGCAGAGAGCGACAAGAUAGCUUCUCAAGGGUCUGCAGAUGGGGAUGACAAUGAUAGGAGACGACGUCGUGAGAAAUUGGAAGACAUGCUUCAUAGGGUGGAGGCACAACUCAAACCAUUGAUGGAUCAACUUGCCAGAGUAAAAGAUUUACCCGCUCCUGAGUUUGGAAGCCUUCAAGCAUGGGAAUUGCGAGCCAACGCUGUGGCCCGAGGUGCAAAUGGAGAUAAUGCAAAUGACUCAAAGUCAGGACAAGGGCUUGGAUUUGGUGGAACACCUAUGCCUUUUGUUGGGGAGACAAAGGUUGAAGUUGCUUUCUCUGGUCUUGAGGAAAAAGGAGAUAUCAAAUCUGAGGUUUCAGCUACACCAAUGAAAGUUUUGCCUCCAUGGAUGAUAAAGGAGGGAAUGAAUCUUACAAAGGAGCAGCGUGGAGAGGUCAAGCAAGAGUCGAAUACGGAGGGUACUUCUGCUGCAGCGGGAUCAUCUGAUGACAAGAAGUCCAUAGAAACUGAGGAUGUGAAAAAUAUAAAGGAUGAAUAUGUUAAGGCAUAUUACGAGGCUCUAUUCAAGCGGCAAAGAGAGCAAGAAGAAGCUGCCAAAAUGUUACCAGAAACAUCAACUACAGAUGGAGUGUAUCACACCUCUACUGAGCGCCAAGUUGGCAUGAAAUCCAAACGCGAAGAGGAGGACGAAGGAGAGGAUAUCGAAUGGGAGGAGGCCCCACCUGCAGGUACUAAUACAACUGGAGCUCUCAAGGUAGACUUGAAUGUUGAAGCAGAUGCUUCGGGAGACGACAACGAUGAAGAAGAUGACAUAGACUGGGAAGAAGGUUGAUGGUCAAAGUAAUGUUUAAGCCCCAAGAUUUGCAGACUGCCCGGGUCUGUAAGCAUGUUGUAGCGAUGUGAAGAGACAGACAUCGUCAUCCGGACAUUGGGUUGUUUGGUUAAGUUAUGCAAAAAUUGUAAUACAUGGAUUGAUCAUGCAGAGGUUAUAACACACAUUAUUUUUUGUCAAGAGCGUUUGUUCUUUGUACUAAAGAAUAGGGUAUGUAGGGUCAAAAUUUAAAAUAUGGGUUUAUUUUUUUUUUUAACUUAAUAGAAUUUAAAGGAUGAUGAUGAAGGAUUUAAAGAAAAGCUUAAGGGUGGUUUGUCUUUUGAUGUUUAA